CCGGUACUCUGCACGUGUACGUCGUGAGCAAACACACAUCAAUCAUGGAGCACGUCAAGACUCACUGCAGCGCACUGGUUCUGAUUGACCGAAACGCAUGACGCGAGAGGCAGCAGGAAGAGCGGCACCGGCGUCAAGAAUGCGAUGUAGUGCGCCUGACCACGUUUGUACUGCUCCUGGCUGAGCUUGCCGCUGUUCAUGAGCCGCACAUCACGCUGGCGCCGCUCGCGCAUCUUCCGCUCGCGGAGCUCCCUUUGGCGCCGAAGCUGCGCCGCCUUGUUUCUGUUGAGCGCGCCGUUCAGGUGGACCUGGACGGCGUUGUGCUCGCUUGCGUGCGUGGCGGGCGGGACGUCAGGAUGUGCCAGGGGACGCAAGCUAGAUGGCUGCUCUGAUCGUAAGUGCAGAAGCCGUUGGAGCUUGUCGCCGAUGGUGUCUCCAGGGAGCGGGCAGCCACAAUAGCUGUAUGGGACGCCGAAACGUUGCUGC